AUGAUCUACUCUGUUAUGUUAGAAGGCGCAAAAUCAAUAGGUGCCGGAGCUGCUUUCAAUACUUACCAAGCGAAUUUGCUAGAUGCAUCCGGACCGUCUGCACUAGGUGCCGGAGCUGCUUCCAAUACUUACCAAGCGAAUUUGCUAGAUGCAUCCGGACCGUCUGCACUAGGUGCCGGAGCUGCUUCCAAUACUUACCAAGCGAAUUUGCUAGAUGCAUCCGGAGCGUCUGGAUCAGGGAUGCCUGAAGUUAUUCUUCAGGGAAUACCGGUUCCUCCGGGUAUCGAUCUAGCCUCGAUCUAUUCUUCGCCAUUUUUCUUCAGUCCCUCUGUUUGGAUCUCCGGUGAUAUUGAGGAUCCUUUGAUUAUCUCGAAGCUCAGUAAUUUCAAUAAAUUUUUAUUAGUUCUACAGAAGGAUUUUUUUCAAGGGACCAUACAAGGCCCCUAUAUCAAAGCUCUCCAAGGGGUAUUGGACCAAACUUCACCCGCUUUACUAGCGGGAAAACUGGACUUCCUACUCAUUAGAGAGUACAACUCUUGGUAUAACGUUUAUGCUAAGAAUAUGGGUCUCGGUGUGCCCGUACAUGAUUGGUAUGUGAAGAACUUUGGUAAAUUUGUCCCUUCCCCCCUGGAGCCCCUCUUGACUGACAAUUUUGGUUUCUUUUUUAUUGGCAUCCUUCUCAUAGUUGUGUUUUCUAUCUCUCUAUUAUUAUGGCGCAGAAAGAGAAAGAAUUUCAAGUGUGAGGAGAGCAAGCCUUCAUGUACGGGCGUUCCCCGACAGGGGCCUGCCAGCUCAGGAAGCCAAACGCCCGAUACCGGUAGAAGGGUCCCUAGCCCCCUUUCUCUUUCUUUAUUACAACCUUCUUUUUUGAUGUCAAAGACCAGGAACUACGCGCAAAUUCUCAUUGGAUCUUGGUUGUUCUUAACAGCGAUGGCUAUUCAUUUAAGUCUUUGGGUAGCACCACUAGAUUUUCAACAAGGUGGAAAUUCUCGUAUUCUCUAUGUACAUGUUCCUGUGGCUCGGAUGAGUAUUCUUGUUUAUAUCGUUACGGCUAUAAACACUUUCUUGUUCCUAUUAACAAAACAUCCUCUUUUUCUUCGCUCUUCCGGAACCGGUACAGAAAUGGGUGCUUUUUCUACGUUGUUUACCUUAGUUACUGGGGGGUUUCGGGGAAGACCCAUGUGGGGGACCUUUUGGGUGUGGGAUGCUCGUUUAACUUCUGUAUUCAUCUUGCUCCUUAUUUACUUGGGUGCGCUGUGUUUUCAAAAGCUUCCUGUAGAACCGGCUCCUAUUUCAAUCCGUGCUGGACCGAUCGAUAUACCAAUAAUCAAGUUUCCAGUCAACUGGUGGAAUACAUCGCAUCAACCUGGGAGCAUUAGCCGAUCUGGUACAUCAAUACAUGUUCCUAUGCUCAUUCCAAUCUUGUCUAACUUUGCUAACUUCCUCUUCUCAACCCGUCUAUUAUUUGUUAUUGAAAUACGUCUUCCUAUUCCAUCUUUUCUCGAAUCUCCUUUAACGGAAGAAAUUGAAGCUCGAGAAGGUAGUUUACGUGCUUAG